GUGGGUCCGCUCCGAACCGCGGGACCUUCCGUUCUGGCUCCGCCAUCUUUGAGACUGUGGGCUCCCGAGGUUGCUCUUCCUGUUUGGCCUUGUGACCUCCUUUGACUUCGGCAGCCGUGAGGCGGACAGCAGGACACCCAGAAGCAGGGAGAUGGAGUUGGUGACCUUUGAGGAUGUGGCAGUGAACUUCACCGUGGAUGAGUGGGCUUUGCUGGAUCCCUCCCAGAAGAAGCUCUACCAAGAUGUGAUGCAGGAAACCUUCAGGUGUCUGGCCUCUCUAGGAAAAGAAAGAGACAGCCAGACCAAUGAAGAUGCAUACAAAAAUCCUGGGAAAAAUCUAAGAAGUCAAGUAUUAGGGACACCCUGUGAAGGUAGUGAACAUGGAGACAUCUUCAGCCAAACUCCACAUUAUAUUGAGAACAAUACAACUCUUCCUGGCGCAAAACCAGGUGAAAGCUUUGUGUGUGGAGAAGUCCUCAUUGACGAUUCAUCACCAAAUGUGCUUUUCAGAUCUCAAACUGGACAUAAACCAUAUGAAUAUCAGCAAUAUGAGAAGUCUGUUGUUUAUUACCAGUGCUUGCAGGAGCAUGGAAAGACUCAAACGGGAGUGGAACAACAUGAACAUAAGCAAUGUGGGACAAUCUUAACUUGUCCUGGUUCCCUUCCAAUACAUGAAAGGAUUGACACUGGAGAGAAACCAUAUAUAUGUACACCGUGUGGUAUAGCCUUCAAUAAUCACAGUACUCUUCGAUACCAUGAAAGGGUUCACAGUGGCAGAAAACCCUAUGGAUGUCAGCAAUGUGGUAAAACCUUUAGUUGUUUCAGUAGUUUGGGAAGACAUGAGCAAAAUCACAAUGGAAAGAAACCCCAUGGGUGUAAGCAAUGUGAAAAAGCCUUCUUUUCUUUGAGUCACCUGCGAAGACAUGAACAAACUCACAAUGGACAGAAACCUUAUGUAUGUGAGCAGUGUGGGAAAGCCUUUCAUUUUCCCUGUUCCCUCAGAAAACAUGGAAGAACUCACACUGGAGAAAAACCCUAUGUAUGUAUAGAUUGUGGGAAAGCCUUCAGUGACUCUAGUUCCUUUUAUAGACAUAAAAGAACUCACACUGGAGAGAAACCCUAUGUAUGUGAACCAUGUGGAAAAGCAUUCAGUUGUUUCAGUACCCUUAAAGUACAUGAAAGAAGUCACACUGGAGAGAAGCCCUAUGUAUGUGAACAGUGUGGAAAAUCACUCAGUUGUCUCAGUUCCCUUAAAUUACAUGAAACAAUUCAUACUGGACAGAAGCCCUAUGUAUGUAAGCAGUGUGGGAAAGCCUUUAGUUAUUCGAGUUCCUUUCGAACCCAUGGAAGAACUCACAACGGAGAGAAACCAUAUGUAUGUAUGCAUUGUGGUAGAGCCUUUAGUUAUUCUUUUUCACUUAAAUAUCAUGAAAAAACUCAUACUAGAGAGAAGCCCUCUGUAUGCAAGGAGUUUGGAAGAACCUUUAGUUCUUUCUGUUACAUUAAAAUAUGUGAAGGCAUACACAAUGGAGAAAAAUCCUAUAUAUGUAAGGAAUGUGGAAAAGCAUUCAGUCAAACCAGUCAUAUCAUCAGACAUCAAAGAACUCACACUGGAGAGAAACCCUAUGUUUGUAAGCAGUGUGGAAAAGCUUUCAGUGACUCUAGUUCCUGUCACAGGCAUAAAAGAACUCAUACUGGAGAGAAACCUUAUAUAUGUGAACAAUGUGGAAAAGCAUUCACUUGUUUCAGUUCCCUUAAAUUACAUGAAAGAAUUCACACUGGAGAAAAACCAUAUGCCUGUGAACAAUGUGGAAAAGCAUUCAGUUGUUUCAGUUCCCUUAAAUUACACGAAAGAACUCACACUGGAGAAAAACCCUAUGUAUGUCAGCAAUGUGGAAAAUCCUUUGGUUAUUCUGGUUCCUUUCGAGACCAUGCAAAAAUUCACAGUGGGCUAAAACCCUAUGUCUGUAAACAGUGUGGGAAAGCUUUUAGUUACUCUAGUUCCUUUCGAAAACAUGAAAGAACUCACACUGGAGAGAAGCCCUAUGUUUGCAUGCAAUGUGGGAAAGCCUUUAGUUCUUCCUUUUCCCUUCAAAAUCAUGAAAGAACUCACACUAGAGAGAAAUCUGCUAUACGCAAGGAGUAUAGAAAAGCCUUUAGUUCUUCCCGUUACAUUAAAAGACGUGAAAGAACUCAUACUGGAGAGAAACCCUAUAUAUGCAAGGAGUGUGGAAAAGCAUUCAGUCGAUCCAGUCACGUUCUCAGACAUCAAAGAACUCACACUGGAGAGAAGCCCUAUGUAUGUAAGCAAUGUGGAAAAGCCUUUAGUUCUUCUAGUUAUAUUAAAAUACAUGAAAAAACACAUACUGGAGAAAAAUCCCAUGUAUACAAGCAGUGUGGGAAAGCUUUCGUUCAGUCCAACUAUGUUCUCAUAGAUGAAAGAACUCAAGGGAAAGUAGCCCUGACCAAAGACUGUGGUAAGACUUCUUUCUUAAACUUUCUGUCAAACGUGAACAGUGGAGAGAACUUGUAUUAAUGUUAAGUAUGUGGGGAUGCCCGCAGUCAUUUUGUUCAGUAUAUACAUAUAAAUGAACAUAGAAGAGAUGUGCAAAAGCCUUCAGUUGACCCAUGUGUAAGUAUUUGCACUGAACAAAAAGGCUGUGAAUGUGAAAAAUACAAGAAAGUUGUCAUUUAACAGAAAAAGUUUCACUGUCCUCUAAAAAGGCCUCUGGACUGGAAUUCUAAAGGUGUGAUUACUGUGAAGACCUUGAUGCAAAAUAAUUUUGAGUAGAAUGCUUCAGAAAAUGCACCACCUGAAGGAAAUGUACUUGUCAUGAAUUAAUUGUGCUCAUCAGUGGUUUUUUUGGGAGAGGGGAGCAUCUUGUCUUUUACAUGUAGUGUUUAUUUUUCCAAAUGAAUGCAAGCUGUGAAGGGCAUGGACAUAUUUUAUAAAUAUUUCUGCCACCCUCAGUUCCAAAGCCUCAGGGGAGUGCUUGCUUUUGGAGGGAUAAAAGAACCAGCCCUGGGACUCCAGUCUGAGUCAUCUCUGCCUCUGAUGACUGCAGGACCCAAUAAUUCUAUUAACUUCCUUGGGCCUCACAUGAAAUAGAAGUGAGGUUUUGUUUCACCAAACUCUUAAACAACAGGAUGGAUAAGAAAAAGCUUUUGUGAGGCAGGAUGCAAACAUAAAGGAAUUGAUAUUGUUCUCUUUCAUCAGGCAGAAGUGGUGAUACACAGAAUUGGAAUGCUCUCAGUGGAAAAUGAGUGACACAGGAAUUUAGAUACUUCAAGUAGACAUUGAGACUUCAACCAAAGAGAUUCAAGUUUAGAAUAUAUCCUGAAUUUCUGAUUUUGUUUUAGUAGUCUGCCCACCUAGGCUUGGCUCCAUUUUGGCCUGAUGUAAAUUCUUUUAAAAAUCUUUGGUUUGAUUUGUUAGUGAGUAAAGCAUUCUGAUUUGAACCAUAAUUAAACCUAAAGACUCUGUACCCAGAGUCUGUCCCCCCUUAGGAGGGUGGACUUCUACAAGGACCUGCUGAGGACUGGGUAGAAGAGGUCUGCAUCCUGAGUGUCAGUUACCACAAGGUUGAAGUCUCCCUUGGCCCAGGUGAUGAGGGUCAGCAAAAUGUGAGGCUCCUGAACUACUACUUAUUAUUUUAGCUUUAGCUUGGGCCCACACUGACUUGGGUAAAGUUCCUGCUGUCGACUGCAGGAAAGAUGCUGCAAAUGGAGAUGGUUGCAGUAACAAACCAGUCUGCCAUUUCCACUGACUACAGAUCUCUGCUUAGGGUGGCUCCAUUAGGUUGGCUCCACUGAGGUGUUUCUGCCUGGCUUGGAUUGUGGGACUAGCAUGGGGGAGCCAUGGCUGAGUUCUGGGGAGUGACCAGUACCAUGCUGUUGUGGUUCUUUUCUAGUGUGAAUGUCUUAGGGAUCUGGCAGGUUGAGAACACAGUGGCCAGAACAUCCAGAUCAUCCACUAGGAGAUCCUUACUAUCUCAACACAGGGCACUGCUGGACAUGGUGAAGGUGUAUUCAUCCUCAUUAUCCUGGAAUCUGUGGGACUGCCUUUGGUGUGAUCCUGGAAGGCCAGAAUCCGGCGCGAUCAUAGCUGCCAUCUCUACACUCUUGUACCAUUGUGGUAAGAGGAAGCUGCAAAAUCCUCAGUUUUGACACAGACCCCACUGGCACAGUGCCCGUUGCCAUGGGAAACCUGUAUGGCCAUGUUGUUCCUCUUGAAGAACGAGGUCCUGGAGCCCUGAGAGAAACUGACACUCCUGCAAUUUCUUCUCUCCAGCUCCUGCACUGGUGCAAGUGGAGAGCCUUCUGUGGCACUAUGCCUCUAGCUGAGCUGUGCAUCCUUCCACACGAGGAUUGGAUGUGAACAAAGUGGGUUAAUUGCAGUGUGAUGAGUCAGAGCAUUUUCUGUCUUGAAGGAGAUGGUAAUUGGAGCUGCUAAGCCCAGCUGAAGAAGAGUAGGCGGUUCUGAGUGACCUGAGUAAAUGUUUCUCAGGGAGUUAAGUACCUUAGGUACUUUUUAGACAGUGAUUUCUUCAGACAUCUGAGAACAUCACAUGGCUGGGGUUCAUCUUCCAUUGGUGAACAUAUGGCUUGUGGGCAGGAGCCUAGGCCAGGAGGUUUGUCUCCUGUUUCACGAGCAUGUGCUUUCCCAGUCCAAGCCCUGACAGCCCGCCUAACCCAGGCUACACUCUCACACACAGUCCUUAACUCCCAGGCUGCUGCAAAAAAUGCCCAUCUUUGGAAACCCCAGGCAAAUUGGGAAGACCACAGAAGGCCCUGGCCAUCCCCAGUGUGGUGCAGGUGAAAGGAAAGGGCUCCAGUGGCUCGUUCUUAAUGUAUCUCCACCCUGUGUGUGUCUAAUGUUUUACUCAUGAAAGUAUAAAGUUGUGGUGACAUACUUUGUUUUGUUAGGCAGUGGUGGAUGAAUUUAAAUUCAAACCAGGUAAUGGGGUUUUUCUCCUUUUAUUUUGAAUCAUGUUGGACUCAGGCAAAUUGAAGUAUAUUUCUAAUGUCAGAGGACUUAAUUUUUAUGUAAUUAUUUUUUUUCGCUUUUUGAUGGACCUUUAUUUAUUUAUUUAUUUGUGAUGCUGAGAAUCAAACCCAGUGCCUCACACAUGCCAGGUAAGCGCUUUACCACAGAGUUACAACCCAGCCCUAUUUUGUAUUUUAUUUAGAGACAUGAUCUCUCUGAGUUGCUUAGCACCUCUGGAGUUGCUAAGGCUGGCUUUGAACUCUUGAUUCUCCUGCCUCAGCCUUGUGAGCUGCUGAGAUUACAGGCAUGAGCCACCACACCUGGCUCCGUGUAGUUUUUAAAUAAUUGUUUUUAAUGGACCAAUGGGAAAAUUAGAUUUCAUUGUUGGGGUUUUCCUAAUAGUCACGUGACAAGUUUUUACCCCUUUAUACAUACAUACAUAUAUAAGUACAUAUAUAUAUACAUACACACACACAUACAUAUAUGUAUGUACAUACACAUUUGGUUUUGGGGAAGACAAAGGACUUUUUACAUAGAUUUUGUAUUCACUUUUUGAUGUAGAUUUUCUUCAAACACAAUUUUUUUUUUAAUUUGUUUUUUAGGUAUACAUGACAGUAGAAUGUAUUUUUACAUACUAUACAUACAUGGAGUAUAACUUCCCAUUCUUGUGGUUGUGUAUGAUGUGGAGUUACACUGGUAGUGUAUUCAUGUGAACCUUGGGAGAGUUAAGUCUGAUUUAUCCCACUGUCUUUCCCAUUCCCAUCUACCAAAAAAUUAUUUCUUGUACAUUGUUGUUUUUUUUUUUAAAUACUUUUCUCAGUGUCUCAAACAACUUUAAGAAAUGUCCUUUUUCCCCAUUUUUAUAUUUCCACACAAUUUUGUGACAAAAUUCAAAAUGUAGUGAUGAUAAUAAUUGAGUAUAAUUUUUUUGGAUACAGGUCUACUAAUGAGAAGAACAAAGUUCUUUUCAGGGGUAAAUUUCCUUAACUGUUAAAAUUCUAAGUUUAGUUAAAAUUUAAAGUUUACCUAUCAAAUAUACCAUCUGUGAAGACCAUUAUAGCUCAAGAGCCAUGCAAAAUCAGAUGACCAGAUUUGACCAUGCUUUGGUGACUAAAAGACAUUUUAUUGGGACCAUGGAAGAGUUAAAAAGCAGAAGUAAGGGCUGGGGUUGUAGCUAGGUCGUAGAGCACUUACCUAGCCCGUGUGAGGCACUGGGCUCGUUCCUCAGCACCACAUAAAUAAAUAGAUAGAUGGAUUGAUAGAUAAAAUGUGUUGUGUCCGACUACAACUAAAAAUAUUUUUAAAAAGAAAGAAAAGCAGAAGUAAGCAAAGACUAGGACUGUUCGGUUUUGUAACUUUCCUGGUUUAUAUGCUUUAUUUCACAUUUCAUCUUUUCCUUAGUGUAUACAGGACAUCUAUUUGUUUGGACAUGUAUUAGAAUUAGCAGAGCCAGGCAUGGUCGUGCACACCUGUUAUCCCAGCAGUUUGGGAGGCUGAGAGAGGAGGAUCAUGAUUUCAAAAUCAGCCUCAGCAAUUUAGCAAGGGCCUAAGCAACUCAGUAAGACCCUGUCUCUGAAUAAAAUAUAUUUUAAAAAAGGGCUGGGUGUGUGGCUCAAUGGUUAAUGCCCCUGGGUUCAAUCUCCAGUACUCCCCCUCCCAAAAGAAUUAUUUAGCAGAGAUGAAAAGACACAGAAAGAACCUAUGUUUAGUUUUGAUUACCAAAAUAAGUAUUUUUUAGUUCCAUGUAAGACCAGAGAAUUGAAGUCAAACAGAAGUAAGAGAGUUAAACUUUUUAGAAUUACGUACAUGUGAAAAACUUGGUUAGAAUGACUCAUUCCCUUGGUUUCACUACGCCAUGGGAAGAAACUUAAGCGUUUUCAGGACUUUUUUUUAAAUUUGUUUUUCAUUUCUUUCAAAAAUUAUAUAUAUUUUUUGUUUGUAUUUGCUUUUAAAAAUCUUAGCUGGAGUACAAAACCAUAAUACAUAAGAAUGGGAUAAUGUACUAUCCCAUACAAUAUAUACACUGUGUGAUAUUUAAGCCAGGAUAAAUAUUGAAAUAUUUUUUCCCUGUAAGCCUUUUUUAUAUCUUUGCAGUGGAACCUUUCAAAAGUCUUCUAGAUUUUUAGUAUGUAUAAUACAUACCUAUAGUUACCAUUCUGCAGUAGUACUUCAGAGCUUCUGAUUAUAUGUAAUUUUAACUUACCGCCCAUUGAUCAACCUUUCCCCAUACACCACAUCUUUCACCAGCGUUUGGUAAUCUGCACUUAAAUGUCAUCUUCUAUGAAAUCAGCUUUUUUAGAAUACAUACAUGAGUGAGAUCAUGUGAUACUUGUCUGUGUCUGGCUUAUUUCACAUAGUGUCAAAAUCUCCAUUUCCAUACAUGUUGUUGUAAAUGACAGGAUUUCUCUUUUUUUUUUUUUUUAAUUCUUCCUUACUUCCCUAGGGCCUCUUGCAUGUUACGCAAGUGCUCUUCCACUGAGCUGCGUAUUCAGCCCUGAUUUCAUUCCUUUAAUGGGUUAAUAGUCUGCCAUUGCAAAUAGGUACCUUUUUUUUUUUUUUUUAAGUACCAAGGGUUGAACCUAGGGGCACUUAACCACUGGGCCACAUCCCCAGCCCUUUUUAUUUUUUAUUUUAAGGUAGUGUCUCUGUAAAUCACUGAGGCUAGUUUUGAACUUACGAUCCUCGUACCUCAACUUUUUUGAUUCACUGGGAUUAUAGGCAUGCACCACUGCACCCAGCAUGCAAGUAUGUACCACAUUUAUUUUAUCCAUUUACCGGUUGAUGGACUCUUAAAUUGCUUCUGUAACUUUGCUAUUGUGAAUAGUGCUAUGAUGAAUAUGGGAAUAGAGAUGUCUCUUCCAAAUUCUGGUUUAAUUUCAUUUGGAUUUAGAGGCAGUAGUGGGAUGCUGGUACAUAGGUUCUGUUUUUAAUUCUUUGAAACACCUCCAUCCUCUUUUCCAUAAUGGCUGUACUAAUUUACUUUCCCACCAAAAGUUUGCAAGGAUCUUGUUUCUCCACAUUUGGGGGUGAGGGACAGGUACUUGGGAGUGCUCUACCACUGAGCUAAGCCCUUUUUGUUUUGAGAAGGUCUUGCUGAGUUAUGGGCCUUGCUAAGUUGAUGAAGCUGGCCCUGAACUUCAGCCUUCCCUCAGCCUCAGCAGUGGUGCACCACCAUGCCCAGUCAUUUCUCCACAUUCUUGUCAGCACUUGUUUUCGUGUGCCUUUUACAUCUUAGCCAUUCUUACUGGCUUGAGCUAAUAAUCUCACUGUGGUUUUGAUUUGCAUUUCUGUGAUGACUAGUGAUGUUGAGCAUUUUUCCAUGUACCUGUUGGCCACUUCCAUGUCAUCUUUUGAGAACUAUUUAGAUGUAAUGACAACUUUUGAAUUGGGUUUUUUUUUUCCUGUUGAGUUUUUGUGUGUUGCAAAUAUUUUCACACAUUAUGUUGGUUGAGUAUUCUGUGAUUCGUGUUUCCUUUGUUGUGCAGAAACUUUUAACUUCAGGUAAUCUCAUUUGUCUAUUUUUGCUUUCAUUUCAAGGCUUCUGGGUUUUAUCCAAAAAAUAUGUGCACUCCAGAGUCAUGAAGCAUUUCCCCUGCAUUUUCAUUUCGUAGUUGCAGUUCUUAUGGUUAGGUCUUAAAGCCAUUUGGAGUCGAUGUUUAUGAUUGGUGAGAGAAAGUGACAAACAUCUAUAUCGUCACUCUGCAUCUGAAAAUUAAGUUUUUUCAUUAACAUGUUGAAAGACAGCCUUUUUCUAAUACAUAUUGUUGCAUUGAUAAAUGUGUCUCUUGUGUGCUUCUGCCAUGCUGUUUUAAUUACAACAGCUUUCUCUAGUAUGUUUUAAAGUCAGGUAGCUAACUGCCUCCUGCUGUAUUCUUUUUUGCUCAAAAUGCUUUUGGCUAUUAAUAGAUUUUUUUCUGGGUACCAUAAAAAUAUUAAAAUUCUUUUUUAUAUGUGAAAAAUAUUUUGAUAUGGAUAGUAUUGAAUUUGUAAAUCACAGUGGGUAGUAUGGACUUUUUAACAAUAUCAGUUCUUCUGAUCCAUGAAUGUAGGUUAUUUUCCUGUGUGUGUGUGUGUGUCCCUUCAAUCUCUUUCAUCAAUGUUUUAUAAUUUUUAAUUUUAAGGCUCUUUUCCCUCUUUUUUUAAAAGUCAUUCCUAAAUAUUUUUUUUCUUUUAGCUGUUGUAAAUGAGAUUGUAUUCUUAAUUUUUAUUUCAGAUAAUUCAUUGUUGGCAUAUAGCAAAGUUUUUUUUUAUGUUGAACUUUCAUUCUGUAUUAUUGCUCAAUUCAUUUAAAAUCUAUAACCUUUUUUUUUUCUUUUGGUUGAUUUGGAUUUUCUAUGUAUAAUCAUGUCAUCUGUAGACAGUGUCAGUUUUAUUUUUCUAAUUUGAACACCCAUUAUUUCUUUUUCUUUCCUUGUCUCUGGCUAGAACUUCUUGCUCUUAUGUUGCAUAAAAGUGAAACUGGGCAUCCUUGAUCUGUUUUGUAUCUUAGAAAGCCUUUAGCUCUUCCCCCACUCAAUAUAAUGAAAGCUCUUGGCUUAUUGUAAAUGAUUUUAUGUUGAGAUACCUUACUUUCUGCUUAAUUUGAUCAGUAUUUUUAUGAUGAAGGAAUGCUAAAUUUAAUCACAUACCUUUUUUGCAUCAGUUGAGAUGACCAUGUGGUUUUUGUCCCGUUGGUGUACUGUAUCAGCUUUAUUUAUUUAAUAUUAAUUUUUAGUUGUAGAUGAAUGCAAUACCUUUUUAUUAUUUUUAUGUGGUGCUGAGGAUUGAACCCAGGGCCUCGGACGUGCUAGGCGAGCACUCUACCCCUGAGCCACAACCACAGCCCUUACUCUAUCAGCUUUAUUGAUUUGUGUUUAUUGAACCAUCCUUUCAUCCCUGCAAUGAAUAAAAUGUGAUCAUGGUGAAUAAUUUUUUAAUGUGCUGUUGAAUUCAGUGUGCUGGUAUUUUGUUGAGGAUUUUGCAUCUGUGUUCAACACAGAUGGAUACCAACCUGAAGAAUAAAGCUGGCCUCAGAGAAUGUCUUUGGAAGUAUUCUUCCUAUUUCUUCUUUUUUUAUUUUUUAUUUUUUUGGAAUAACUUAAGGAGAAUUGGUAAAAGUCCUUUAAAUAUUUGAUAAAAUUUAACAGUGAAGCACUCUGAUCCUGACCUGUUUGAUGGAAGGCUCUUACUCCCCACCCCACCUCUGCUUGAUUCUUGUUCCUUUUUAUUUUUAUUUUUUUGAAGUACUGGGGAUUGAACUCAGGACCUCGCUCAUGUUAUGCUAGUAUUACUACUACUGAGCUGUAGCCUUAGCCCCAUCAAUCUUGCUUCUUGCUUUUGGUUAGUUCAUGUUUUCCUAAUUAUUAUUUUUUUAAUUUAAUUUAAUUUUUUUUUUUUUUAGUUGUAGAUGGACACAAUACCUUUAUUUAUUUACUUUUAUAUGGUGCUGAGAUCGAACCCAGUGCUUCACACAUGCCAGGCAAAUACUCAACCCCAGCUCCAGGUUUUCCUAAUUCUUUGUGAGUCUGGGCAAGGUGUUGUGUCUAGGAAUUUCUUUUAGAUUAUUAACUUUGUUUGCAUAUAGUAGUGCUUAACAGUGUCUAAUGAUGUAUUAUAUUUUUGUGGUAUCAAUUGUAAUGUUUCCCUUUUCAUCUUCAGUUUUAUUUGAGUUUUCUCCUUUUCUUAAGUCUAGCUAAUGGUUUGUCUUUUCUUUUUGAAGAACCAUCUGUUUGUUUCAUUGAUUUUUUUUUUUCUUUUUUGUAUUUCUUUAGUGUCCCUUUGAUUUAUUUAUGAUCUGAUAUUUGUUAUUUCUUUCCUUCUACUAAUUUUGGGUUUAGUUCUUUUUCUGGUUGAGAUGCAGGAAUAGCUUGAUUAUUUGAGAUACUUGUCCAUUUUUUUAUUUGGGCAUUGACUGCUAUAAACAUCUGUGUUGUUGAUAUGUUGUGUCUUCAUUUUUAUUUGUUUCAAUGGAAUUCUUAAAAUUUCCUUCUUAAUUUCUUCAAUACAUUGGUUGUUCAAAAGUUAAGUCAUUUAAUUUCCACAUGUGUGUAUAGUUUUCAAAGGUUUUUACUUUUUUGUUACUGAUUUCUAGCUUUACUAAAUAUAUUACAUUUUUAGAAUUUGUUGUGACUAUUUUAUGACCUCUCACCUCAUUUAUUCUGUAGAGUGUUCCAUAUGCUACUGAGAAAAAUUUUUCAGCAGUUGUCAAUUGAAGGUUCUGUAGUGUUUUAGGGCUAAUUUUCUUUCUUUGUUGAUUUUCUGUGGGUGAUCUGUUCAGUGUGGAAAUAUUAUGGUAUUGGAUAUUAUUUCUUAUUUUAAGUCUACUAAUACUUUAUAUGUUUGAUAUAAAUAUAUGUGAUAGUGGGUGCAUAUAAAUAUAUUUAGAAUUGUUUUUCCUUUCUGAAUUGACACCUUUGUCAUUAUCUAAUACCUUUGUCUCUUUACUGCUUUUUAUUUAAAGUUUAUCUGAAAUUAGUCUGGCCACUGCUGCAUUCUUUUGGCUUCCACUUACUGAGGUGGAAUAUAUUAUUCCAUCCCCUCACUUUCAGUCUUAUGUCUUCUUACAGUUUAAAUGAGUUUCAUAUAACAUAUUGGGCAUUUUUUAAUCCAUUCAUUCUUUCUGUCUUUUAAUUGAAUAUCAAUCUUACUGUUAUGGUAAUUAUUGAGGUUUUGUUUUUUUUUUGUUUUGUUUUGUACCAGGCAUUAAAUCCAGGGGCCCUCAGGGUAAUUAUGUACUUUGUUCUCUAGUUUUUUAUUCACUUAUUUUGUGGAACUGGGGAUUGAACCCAGAGGCACGUACCACUGAAGUAUAUCACAAGCCCUUUUUAUAAUUUUAUUUUGAGGCAGGGUUUUGCUAAGUGGCCAAGGCUGGCCUCAAGCUUGUGAUCAUCCUGCCUCUGCCACCCAGUUACGGUUUGGGAUAUUAUUUCUUACUUUAGGUCUACUAAUACUUACUUUAUAUGUUUGAUAUAAAUAUAUGUGAUACUGCAUAUAAAUAUAUUUAGAAUUAGGAUUACUGGCAUUCACCACUACACCAGGCUGUUGUUUUCUAGUUUUGUUUAUUUCUGUACUGGGAAAUAAACCUGGAGCCCCUUUCACUUAGCCACAUUACCAGCCUGGACUGGCUUGGAAUUUGUAAUGUUCCUUCCUCAGCCUCCCAGCUCACUGUGAUUAUACGUGUGUGCCAUCAUGUCCAGCAUACUGACUCUCUGCUUAUGUUAGAGACUUACUUGAAGGUUAACCAAAGUAUUCAGAUUCACUGUUUUUAUUACUUGCUUAUUGUUUUCCUCCCUGUUAUGGAUUUUUGUUUUUGUCAAUUCUGUGAGUAAUAACAAAAACUAUUGAGGCCGGGGGCAAUGGCACACUUCUGUAAUCCUAGGGGAUCAGGAGGCUGAGGCAGGAGGAUUGCAAGUUCAAAGCCACUCUCAGCAACAGUAAGGCACUAAGCAAAUCAGUGAGGCUCAGUCUCUAAAAUAGGGCUGACGAUGUGGCUCAGUGAUUGAGUGCCCCUGAGUUUAAUCCUCAGUAUCCCCCAAAAAAAUUUAUUGAAUAUAAAGCUACCUUGAAAUGAUUGCAACAUUAACUUUGUCAUAAGGAUAUGAAUAGAGACUAACAAAAGGAGAAAAUGUAGUCAUAACAAAACUCUGCUAGAGUGUUUUCUUUUCUUUACAAUAUGCUUUAUUUACUGAGAAAAUACCUGUAAAUAGCCCAUCAUAAUCACUGAUAAAUCAAGUGUGUGAGUUGUAUUUCCUUUCAUGUCAAUAUACAUUAUCAUGUGUAUAAAACUAAAGAUUAUUUUCCCACCUAAUUUUCAUUCUUCCUGCUUAUAUGUUAUAGUUUUAUAGCUUUUCUUUUUAUCAUAAUUUGCCCUUCACUCAACAAACCCAAAAAGACAUUUUGAUAUUGUGAGUGGACUCUUGCCAGAGACUGCCAGAAUAUACCUUUGUCAUAUAGAAUGUGUUGAAUUGCAGUAAUUACUUUCUUCAUCACAAAUGAUUAUUUAUGUGGUUCAUUAGUAAGAGCAUUCUCCUAGACCUCCUGACAGGAUUUGCUGUUUUUCUAGGGGGACUGAUGACUUUUCAGUAUAGUGAGGCAUCUCCAUCUACUAGAUGAACUGGCAGGGUUGAGUGCACUCCUGUCUGGUAACCAUAAUAGUUUCUGACUUGGAAGGCAGCAAUAAUGGGGUGAAGGGAACCCUAAUUCAUGAGAUGUACCAGUCACUUCAGUGAGAAAAGGGAAACUUUGCUCCUUUUCAUGAUUCAGAAUAUGUUCUGUUUCACCAGUUUUACAGGCACAUUGUCAGAAGUAUGUGUCAUAAUUGGCUGGAAUAUGAAUUUGACUCCAGGUUUCAGGAUCUGGUUUUGCCUUUCUUACUUACUAUCUAAAUAGUAAUUUCCUACAAUGUAUUUUACAGUGUUCUCCAUAAAUAUAAAUUAACUACUGAUAUGGUUCCAUUCUGAUAAACCCAUGGUAAGUUAACACAUAAGUGAACAAAUGCAUUUAAUACACCUAGUGAACCUCAAAGCUGAGCCAAACCUAUCUCACAUAUACUCACAUGCAUUAGCCUACAGCUCACUGCUAUUGCCCAACAACUCAGGAGGCUGAGAUAUGAGGAUCCCCAGUUCAAGGUCCUCUCUGAAAAACUAAUUAAUAAUUCUGGGGAUGUAGCUCAGUUGUAAACUGCCCCUGGAUUCAAUCCCCAGUGCAAGGGAAAAAAAAAAAAGUGUGAUGCAUAUUGCUACUGGAGAUUGUAGCCAGGGAUGCUUUACCAUUGAGCUAUAUCCCCAGGCCUUUUUACCUUUUGUUUUGAGACGAGGUCUGCUUAAGUUUCAGGCUAGUCUUGAACUUGGAAUUCUCCUACCUCCCGAGUUGCUAGGAUUAUAGGUGUGUGCCACCAUGCCUGCUCCAGUAAUUCAUUCUUAAAAGUAGAUCUCUAUAUUGUGUGUUUCUAUUUUUAUUCUUGAAAAUAAACUUUGAGGUGGUAUACUUCUGCAA